AUGCUGCAGAUGCAUGUUAUCUCGCAACUCGAGCAGCACAAGAAGUCAUCAACCGUCUUUCAACAAACUGGCGCUCCGCUGCACUACUCAAACCAAGUGAGAAAUUACCUCCGAGAUCGAUUUUCUGAUGAGAGAGUCAUUGCUUGUGGAUUUUCAAACUUGUGGCCCGCAAGAUCACCCGAUCUCACACCUCUGGAUUGUUGGUUUUGGGGAAUGAUCAAAGCUCACGUACAUCAUGAAAAGAAACCGAAGAACUUGCUGGAGUUAAGAGCAAUAAUUGAAGAGGAGUGUGCACGAGGGACGCCUGAAGAAGUUAAACAUGUUGUCUCACAUCUCAUACUGGAUCCAACUUGCUGUACAAGAGAGGGGUGGUGUUUUCGAAGUCUUUUAGCGAAACUUGAGUCCAGUGCUUCCCCCGUUUGGUGUGGACUCACCGGAAUAAUUACGCCAGAAAAGGAACACGACCGAUCAAAAGAGAGUGGUGUGACUAUGAACAAAAAUUCCUGCUUACUUUUGUAG